ACUAGAUUCAGGCCCAGUUAGGGCACAGGGUGGGGUAGUCUUCUGUGACAUUCUCUUGUCACCAAGGGUGCUUGUUAGAGAGGUGGCUAAUGCCACCUGAUAUUUGUAUUAUUCAAAGCUAGGGCUUGAGGUGUGGCCUUGGUCUUUUAAGAUCAACAUCACCACUGAGCCCCUAGAGAAGAGACAAAGAGAGGAAGAUGGAAAGAGGUUGGUUCCAUGGGGAAGAAUUCUUGCUCUGCCUCAUUCUCCACCUGCUGCUUCAAGGGAGAGGAAAUAUAUUCACCAUCAAUUGCUCAUGCUUUGAUCAGCAUGGGGUGGACCCUGUUGCCUUCCAGGGUUUGACAGAAGGCUUUCCGUCCAGCCAUCAACAACAGCAUCCCCACCCAUGUCAACAUCUCCUUCACCCUGUCUGCCAUCUUGGAAGUGAUCUGGCUUUCCGUCCAGCCAUCAACAACAGCAUCCCCACCCAUGUCAACAUCUCCUUCACCCUGUCUGCCAUCUUGGAAGUGGAUGCACGGCUUCAACUGAUGACAUCAUUCCUGUGGCUAAGUGUGAUCUGGUAAAAUCCAUCCAUCAGGUGGGACCCGGAGGAGUGUGGGGGCAUCAGGAAGCUCAGCAUGGCAUCAGAGAUCCUAUGGCUGCCAGAUAUAUUCCUUGAGAAGUUCAUGGAUGUCAAUCAGACACCCACAGGGCUUAUGGCUUAUGUCAACAGUGAAGGUCGCAUUGAAUAUGAGCCAAUGCACGUCACCAGCAUCUGUAACCUGGACAUCUUCUAUUUCCCCUUUGAUGAACAGAGCUGCACAUUCACCUUUAGCUCUUUCAUCUGCACGGGGGAGAAUAUGGUCCUGGGCAUGGAGAAGGACAUGCAGGAGAUUUUGAACACGUCAUGGAACCUCAUUAGGAGCAAGGAGGAGUGGGUACUUCUGGGUACCCACCAGAGAAUGAGGAAGAUAACUAUGGACACCAACCAGUAUGACCAAAUCAUUUUCUAUGUGGCCAUCGGGUGCAGGCCCAGCCUCUACAUCAUAAACCUUCUGGUGCCCAGUAGUUUUCUGGUUGCCAUUGAUGCCCUCAGCUUCUACCUGCCAGCAGAAAGCAAGAACUGGGCCCCAUUCAAGACGACACUUCCGCUGGGCUACAACGUCUUCCUGCUCACAGUGAAUGACUUACUCCCAGCCACUGGCACACCCCUCAUCAGUGUCUACUUCGCCCUGUGCCUGUCGCUGAGUGUCAGCCUGCCAGAGACCAUCUUCAUCACCUACCUGCUGCACCUGGCCACUGCCCAGCCCCCUCCCCUGCCCUGGUGGCUCCAUUCCCUGCUUCUCCACUGCACCAGCCCAGGAAAAUGCUGCCCCCUUGGGCCCCAGAAGGGAAGUAAGGGCCUGGGCCUCACCACCCACCCACCUGGUGUGGAACAGCCCGUGGAGUUGGUGGGCAAGGUUCCAGGGCCCAGAGAGGCAGAGCUCAGUGGAUGCCCUGGGUCAGGAAGGGCCCAGCAGGAAGACAAGGCUCAGAAGCAGCAUCUGGUUGGCCUGUGGGUGCAGUUCAGCCACAUGAUGGACACCCUGCUCUUCCGCCUCUACCUGCUCUUCCUGGCCACCUCCAUCAUCACGGUCAUCAUCCUCUGGAACACCAAGGCAGACCUCCACAGCCACCACUCCCUGCAAACCACAGCUUGGAGUUUCCCCUGGUGUUAG